CACACUGCAGGAAGACCCCAGAUUUCAAUCAUUCUACAAUAUGUCUCAGGGAGAAGUGGCCCGCGGUGGUUGGUCUAACCAGAUAGAGUUCUUCCUAUCCUGUGUGGGAUACGCUGUAGGGCUCGGCAAUGUCUGGAGGUUUCCCUAUCUCUGUUACAGGAAUGGUGGAGGAGCGUUCCUUAUUCCGUAUAUUCUAUCGCUCUCUCUGAUUGGCCUUCCUGCUUUUUUCAUGGAACUGGCGUUUGGUCAAUUUGCUUCUCUUGGUCCCAUUACAAUAUGGAGAGUGUGUCCUCUAUUUAAAGGUAUUGGUUUUGCUUCCAUUAUCAUCUCUGCUAUGGUGUCCAUCAGUUAUAACGUGGUCAUCGCGUAUGCCAUGUACUUUUUGAUCGUAUCCCUCGUUAACAUGGACACCAAUGUACCAUGGGCCACGUGUGGUAACGACUGGAACACAAUCUUCUGUAGAACAGAGACUCUGAAAGUCACUCCGGGCAUGAACGAAACCGAAAAAAUAAACAUCACUUUAGGAAAUAUGAAUCUUACUUGUGUCGAUAAAGCACUUCGUGGGUUAGGGAAGACACGAGAGGAUCUGACGUAUAAUUUCACCUCCAUGAACCUUACGGCAUGCAGCAUCAAAGAAAUGAUCAGAACACCUAGUGAUGAAUUCUUCAGUAAUUUUGUCCUGGGUUUGGACCAGACAGAUGGUAUUGGAGGGAUAGGAGAUUUAAGUCCUAAACUUGUGGCAGUUCUCCUGUUAGCCUGGCUUAUUGUUUUCUUCUCGUUGAAGAAAGGGGUGAAAUCCUCUGGAAAGGUCAUAUAUUUCACAGCUACAUUUCCCUAUGUCGUAUUAAUCAUUCUCUUGGUUCGAGGAGUGACAUUAGAAGGAUACGAGAAGGGCCUGGAAUUCUAUCUCGUUCCAAAGUUUGACAAGUUGACCGACCCAAGGGUGUGGACUGACGCCGCCUCCCAGAUCUUCUACUCCCUUGGACCGGCUUUUGGCAGUCUCAUCACCAUGUCCAGUUAUAAUCCCUUCAAGAACAACUGCUAUAGAGAUUCCAUAUUGGUUGCCAUCAUCAACUGCGGGACCAGUGUUUUCGCUGGACUAGCCAUUUUCUCGGUUCUUGGGUUUAUGUCCGUAGUCACCAACAGACCAGUACAGGAAGUCGCUGCUGAUGGACCCGGCCUGGUCUUCAUAGCGUAUCCUGAGGCGAUAGCCAGGAUGCCAUAUCCUCCUAUCUGGGCCUUCCUGUUCUUCUUCAUGUUGAUUUUAUUAGGACUCUCCAGCAUGUUCGCCAUGGUGGAAGCCAUCAUUUCCGCCUUAGCAGACGAGUAUCCCCAAACCCUCCGCAGACACAAGAGUGUCCUCACGUUUGUCGUCUGUCUCGUGCUGUUUAUUGCAGGACUUGCCUUAGUAACAAAUGGAGGCAUUUACGUCCUGACAUUGAUGGAUGCUUACUCCGGAAGCUAUUCUCUGUUGUUUGUCUGUUUCUCUGAGUUAGUAGCAAUAUCCUGGGUUUAUGGCUGGCGUAGAUUUUCAGAAGACAUUGAGAUGAUGCUGGGUUUUAAACCCAAUAUUUACUGGAUAGCCACCUGGACAGUAAUAGCUCCGGUGUUUAUUGUGGCCAUCUUGAUAGCGAGUGCAAUUCGAUUUUCUCCUUCCCAUUACGAGGACUAUCAGUUUGAGCAGUGGGCCCAGAACUGUGGCUGGGGUCUCGUGGCGCUUCCCCUCGUGUUCCUAUUCGGCAUCGCAGCCAUUCAACUGAUCCGAUAUAAGGGUUUCAGGAAUGCCACUAGACCUCAUGAUAAUUGGGGACCGGCGCUAGAUGAAAAUAAAUCUGGGAGGUACUUAAAGGGGCACACAAACGAAGGAUUCGAGGGAGACGAGAAGACAGAAAAAAUGGGAAACGGAAUAGAAAUGAAGACAAACGGCAUAAAUCAUGACUCUGUUACAGUGCAAUUCUAAGACAUGGAAAUCUUCAGAGAUAAAAAUUUAAUGACGAUAUGAAAAUGAUAUUUCACUAUGCGAUAUUUAAUUUGAUAUACUGUAUGUUUUUAUUAUGUCGAAUUAUUCUAACGAGAAAGCUAUUCAAAUUGAAACCAUGAUGUUCAUUGAUUGAAUACAAAGAUUUAUAAAACAUAAAAUGUUAAUUGUUAUAUUUGUUGAAGGCAUUAAAUUUUUAU